AUGGAACAGGACGCCCCCUAUCCGCCUGAGUGUCAGGGAGACGAAGCCCUGGUCAGGUCUCGACGAGAGAGAAGCUCCAACACGGAACCAUCCACAACCACUAAUCCAUCCUUCAGAUUUAGACUUAGGACUGUCACCUUCACCAAGGCCACGCUCUGGAGAUCUUUCUUUGGUAAUGUGAUCGGGGCAAAGAGAUGCCUGAAACACUACCUGGAGCAUAUGGAGAACAUCAGAAAGGCCGAUUCCUCUACCCCCGUCCCUCCAACCACCCUUCAGGGAACCGAUGAUUCUCGGCUCCUCUCGGACAGGCAACAGAUGAUAGUCACCCUUUUCUCUUCGACUCCGUCACCAGGCGUCGACAUUGAACAAGAAAGAAACAUGAUGAAGGCUUGUGCAGACCUUGCCCUCUUCCACAUCCGCGAGAUAGACGCGAUUCUUGAUUUCAUCGAGAUAGCCUUGGAGCCCUCCGAGUCCCUUUUCUCGCCUGCUGCGGCGCUGUGGUUAACGCCCUCGGGAGGCUGGCCCGGACAAAGCGAAGAGGCCAUCUUCAUCGACCGCCGUGAUCUGUGGGACAGCUUCUUUGGCUAUUCACUUUCGGUACGGAGACGCCUGGCGAGACAUCUAGCCAUCUUGCAAGCAAUCCGGGAAGGCUCAUCCUCCGGCUACGCAAUUACCGACGCAUCCCAAGACAACAACCUCGUUCGAUUCCUCCGCUGGUUCAGGUGUUUCCGAGGCAAGCCAGUAGCCAGAGAUCCCGGUGUCAAGCCAGACAGUAUGAUGCUCAAGAUCAACAAAGAUAUGGCCGUCAGCAAUCUUGGUCACAUGCUCGACAUCCUGGACAUUGCCAAGAUGCUCCCCAAACCCUCAAGGCCACCAUUCUCGCUCCCUUGGGCACUAUGGAUAGUCGGAUGCUCUGCUUUAUUGGUUGUGACUUCUCAAGGGUUUGUUGCCCAUCUCUUGAGGCAGGGGGCACUUCUGGGCGCCAUGAACCUCCUGGAGCCUAUACUUUGGGAUAUUUUUCUUGACUACAACUUGAACUGCCUUGAGAAGGAGUUGCAAGGUCUGAAGAGAGAAUUUGAGGAUAGGACAAUCACAGAGAAGAACCGCAAGGCUAUGGACUCGUGGCAUAUGGAGAUUCGCUCGUAUGUUCGCUAA